AUGACGUCCAGGUCACAGUUCUGGGGACCACUGGGUCCGCCGCCUUCUCCGCCCCCGGGCAACUGGGACCCGCCGACCGUGGAGCUGAAUGUGGACACCCUCAUCCUGGCGGCCACGGCCCCGGUGCCAGGGACCAUCCCGAAGCCGCCAACUCCGCCUCAACCUCGCAUCCUGCCGAUCAAGAUGCUCAAGAGGUGGGUCCGCAAGCCCAGCCAGCAACAAGAGGCGAAGUACGAGGCCAAGGAGUCGGAAGUAAACACGUACAACCCUGCGAGCCGCUCCGCUAUCAAGAACUUCAAGCGGCGCCGCAAGUACAAGAUGCUCAUGGCCAUCAUGUGCAAGACGAUCGUCGAGGAGAAGAACAUCCCGUGCCCGUUGCUGCUGCCGAUGUCCAGUGGCGCCCUUGGUCAGCAUCGGUUCGUGCCAGAUCAACUUGCCGCCGCUGCCACUGGAGGGGAUGUAGACCUUGCCGUUGGCAAGGCAAUUUUCUACAACUUCGCGGAUGGCGCCUCGGUUCCUGAGAACAAGCCCAUUCGCCCUACCAUCGUCAAGGCGGAGUUUGCUGGCUUCAGCGCCGACGCCGAGACCUUCAUCCCAGGGAAGCCGUUCUUCCAGGACCUCGACAGGGGCCGUGUGGAGGAGCACGAUAUCUCGAGGGAGGGGCAGUGCGGCGAGGACAACGGCUUGAUGACCAUGACCCCCCUCGCGGUCACGGUGCCGCCGCCGCUUCAUGACCGUGACCCCCUUCGUGGUCAAGGACGCGCUCACUUCGAGCCGCAGGAGGGGCGCUUCGACCCAGGCUUGGACGACAUCUACGACAAUGGUGGCCACGUCGAGCCGCCCACCGACGUCACGCACGCUACUUCCGAGCCUUUCGAUGGCGUCGAGGACGGGUCCGACAUUUACGACACAGGUGGCCACGUCGAGCCGCCCACCGACGUCACGCACGCUACUGCCGUGCCUUUCAAUGGCGUCGAUGAUAAGUCGGAGCCCGAGGUCAUCAGGACGCAGAUCGAGGAGUCAGCUCUCACCACCAUCGGCGCGGAGAGGCUCGCGCGGCUCCGCAAGAUGGGCUACUUCGCGAAUGCAGCUUGA